AUGGCUGAUCGAGUGCUUGUGAUUGGUAGCGGAGGCAGAGAACACGCUCUUGCCUGGAAAUUGGCACAGUCUCCCCAUGUAAAGCAGGUACUGGUUGCUCCAGGAAAUGCUGGAACAGCUAAUCAUGGGAAAAUUUCCAAUUCAGCUGUUUUAAUUAGCAACCAUACAAUCCUUGCCCAGUUCUGCAAGGAUCAUAACAUUGGAUUUGUGAUUGCUGGACCAGAAGCUCAGCUUGCAGCUGGAAUUGUUGAUGACUUGGGAGCAGCUGGAGUGAGAUGUUUUGGCCCUACAGCCAAGGCAGUGCAACUGGGAACAAACAGAAUUUUUGCUAAUGUCUUCCUUGAUCAACAUGCAAUUCCCACGGCAAGAUGGAAGGCAUUUUCAAAUCUUCACGAAGUUUCAACCUUUAUUAACAGUGCAGACUUUCCCGCAUUAGUGGUAAAGCCUAGUGGCUUUGGUUCUAGAAAAGAGGUAAUUCUUACAUCCAACAAAGAAGAAGCCUGCCAGGCAGCACAAGAAAUUCUGCAGGACCGCAUUUUUGGAGACCACCAAGAGAUGGUUAUCAUAGAAGAACUUCUUGAAGGGGAAGAGUUUUCUAUCUUGUGCUUUGUGGAUGGAGUCACUUUUGCUGUUAUGCCACCAGUCCAGGUACAGCGGCAACUCCUAGAUGGAGGCCAGUGUACAGGCACUGUCAGAAUGGGAGCUUAUGGUCCUGUACCUCAGCUUUCUGAAGUUCUUCUAAGAAAAAUUAAAAGCACACUCCUUCAACACAUUCUUGACAGCAUAAAGCAAGAAGGCAUGUCAUACGUAGGUGUGCUGCAAAUAGAAUUGAUGCUUACCAAAGAUGGGUUGAAAGUCUUAAGCUUUGACUGCCAUUUUGGUGACCCUCAGUGCCAGGUAGUUCUUCAACUUGUAAAAAAUGAUCUUUAUGAAGUAAUCCAAGCCACUAUUGAUGGCAGGCUCAGCGAUUUCACUGUGGCUUGGUUAGAUAACUGUAAUGCUGUGUCAGUUGUCAUGGUAAGCAAAGAGUAUGAAGGAUGCUCUAAGGAGUGCAAUGAGAUCACAGGGCUCCUUCAUGCAAAAGAGCUAGGCCUGGAGGUCUUUCACGGAGCUACCAUAAGGAAGGAUGACAAGGUGCUGGUUCAUGGAAGCAGGGUUGUUACUGUAACUGCAGUCAAGCAGGACCUCCCAUCCGCACUUGAAGAUGUCUACAAAGGAGUAGCAGUCAUUUACUUUCCAGGUGCUACGUAUGGAAAAGAUGUUGGUCAUCAGGCUAUGAAGUUCUUCAGACAAGCUGUAAGCCCAUAUGAAGACAAAAUUGGAGUUUCCUUAGCCUGUAGUGUCUUGGCUCACUCAUCCAAGCUAUCAGUUGCAAGUGGCUCCAAAGCAGGCACCUGUGACCAUCAGGGGGGUAUUCCUGCCUCCUUUGAUUUGAGAGCAUCUGGUUACAGGGAUCCCAUUCUAGUAAUGCAAACUAAAGGCAUUGGGACAAAACUGAAGAUUGCCCAGCUGUGCAGUAAGCAUGAUAUGAUUGGUCAGGACCUGGUCGCCAUGUGUGUCAAUGACCUCUUGUUUCAGGGAGCCAAGCCCCUCUUCUUCCUCGACCAUUUUGUAUGUGGAAAUCUGGAUGCUGGAGUUGCUCAAGCAGUCAGAGAUGGGAUAGCUGAAGCUUGUGAACUAGCAGGAUGUAUUUUCCUUGGAAGAGAUACUGAUGAAAUGCCUGACUCAUGUUUCCCUGAAGAAUGCAGUCUUGUUGGCUUUGCAGUUGGUGCUGUAGAACGAGGAAUGAAGUUUCCUCAGCAGGAGAGGAUUGCCAGCGGGGAUAUCCUAAUUGGAAUAGCUUCCUCAGGCCUCCACAACCAAGGAUUUGGCCUUGUGAGGAAGAUUCUUUUAACAUCAUCCUUACACUAUUUCUCUCAGGUUCCUGUUGGAUGUGAUCACCCUACUUUAGGAGAACAGUUGCUAAUCCCAUCUAAAAUCUAUAGCAAAGCCCUGCUACCUGUACUUCGUUCAGGAAAUGUAAAAGCCUACAUUCAUAUAGCUGAAAGAGCAUUGCUUGGAAGUUUUCUCCAUAUCCUUCCUGAACAGCUUAGUGUAGUUUUGGAUGCCCACAAUUGGACAAUUCCUUCAAUCUUUUCUUGGCUCCAAGAAGAAGGAAAUCUCUCAGAAGAGGAGAUGAGUCAAAUGUUUAACUGUGGAAUUGGAGCUGCCCUGGUGGUUCAGAAGGAGCUUGCUGAGCAAGUCUUGAAGGAGGUCCAGAGAUAUGAUGAUGCAUGGCUGAUUGGGAAAGUCAUCCAACAUAUUUCAGGAUAUCCUCGUGUAGAAAUCAAGAAUCUUUCUGAAGUGUUACUACAAAACCAAUACCUAUUUCUGAAGAGUGUUCCCAAUGAAGAUGGUCAACCCCAAACCAGGAAAAGCAAAGCAAAAGUAGCUGUUCUUAUCUCAGGAACAGGUGAUCUUGCAGAGCCAGCAAGCUGUGCACAAAUAGUUGUUGUGAUCGCCAACAGGUCUGGGGUAGAAGAACUGAAGAAUACAACCCUGGCUGGUAUCCCCACCAGAGUAAUUGACCAUAAACUGUAUGGAAGCCGAUCAGAAUAUGAUGGCACAAUUGACAGCGUCCUUGAGGAAUUUUCUGUGGAGCUGAUUUGUUUGGCAGGAUUUAGGAGAGUUUUGACUAGUAACUUCCUUAGAAAAUGGAAUGGAAAAAUUCUGAGUACUUAUCCAUCGCUGUCACUGUUAACUAAAGGACGAGAUGCCCAGAAGCAGACACUUUCUACUGACAGUGUUGCUGGCUGCACGGUGCAUUUUGUACUGGAGGAUACUAGUCCUGAAGCAGUGAUCUUGCAAGAGCCUGCCUCCGUAAAAGCAGAAGACACAGAGGAGGCCUUGUCUGAAAAAGUCAAAGAAGCAGAGAGGCGAGCGUUUCCCCUGGCCCUGCAGCUGGUUGCCAGUGGGAUGGUGCACCUUGGAGCAGAUGGUAAAACCUACUGGAAACGAGAAAGGGAGACACUGAUGCAUCAGAAGGAAAGGCAGGAAUGUUCCUCUUUAUAAAUUCACCUGUACUACUGUAAUUAACAUUACAUGUGAAAGUAACAAUAGCGAAGGUUGCACUUUGCUCCAGUUUUGAUCUGUCUGUCUCAUUUUCUUCAAGUACCUAAAUUUAAUCAUUGUAAUAUGUAAUUAUAGCCAUUCAUUUUGCUUACAAAA